UUGGAGGCGGCUAUUGUCAUGACGGCCCAAGGAGGCCUGGUGGCCAACAGAGGCCGGCGCUUCAAGUGGGCCAUUGAGUUGAGCGGACCCGGAGGAGGCAGCAGGGGCCGAAGUGACCGGGGAAGUGGCCAGGGAGACUCGCUAUACCCAGUGGGUUACUUGGACAAACAAGUGCCUGAUACUAGCGUACAAGAGACAGAUCGGAUCCUAGUAGAGAAGCGCUGCUGGGACAUCGCCUUGGGUCCCCUUAAACAAAUUCCCAUGAAUCUCUUCAUCAUGUACAUGGCUGGCAAUACCAUCUCCAUCUUUCCUACUAUGAUGGUGUGUAUGAUGGCCUGGCGACCUAUUCAGGCACUUAUGGCCAUUUCAGCUACUUUCAAGAUGCUGGAAAGUUCAAGCCAGAAGUUUCUUCAGGGUUUGGUUUAUCUCAUUGGGAAUCUCAUGGGCUUGGCGUUAGCUGUUUACAAGUGCCAGUCCAUGGGACUGCUGCCUACACAUGCAUCAGAUUGGUUAGCCUUCAUUGAGCCCCCUGAGAGAAUGGAGUUCAGUGGUGGGGGACUGCUUUUGUGAGCUUGAAAAAG